GCCAAAUCCCAAACCGCAUCUUUUCUUCCUCCAGCGUCUCGCACUUUUCUUUAUUCAACCCUGUCGGGAAACGGGGAUUCGCAUGCCUUCAUCGCCAAUGAUGUGGAGAAGAGGGCCCAUGUAACCAUCUCGGUCGAAACAGGCGCCCUCAGUUCAUCAUAGCAACGCAAAAGCUUACCUCGACUCUAGUAACUGCAGUCGUCUGCUGCUCCAAGCGGAAUGCAUGUCCUCACCCAAACAUGAAAUGAAGCAUUGCGAUACUGGCACCAAGCAGUGAACAUGUCGAGUUAUCACGGCACGGCCGUAAGCAUUCACACGGAAGGACCUUAAUCGAUGUGUAUCCAAUACCUCACUUGCAGACCUCACAAAGAGCACCUUGUCACUGGUCUAAAUCGGGCUGGUCAUCAACGCCAACAAGGAGUCGCGUGCAUAUCCAGCAUGGACACUUUGAAUCUUACGUGAGAUUCGCCAAUCCAUCGCGCCAAGCCAACGUUGUCAUGCAUCGAAGCGAGACAGACAAUCAAGCUGUUUUCUCCGACGUGUCACUCUGCCUCAAACCAAGGGUUGGCCACGGCCGCUCGCUCGAACGCUCUGUUGUCGCCAAUCCAACUUCGCGGCGCUAAACCACAGUGGUGGCAUCGCCAUGCUCGAUCCUGGACCCUGAGCUCCAGCUGCAGCGCCCUCCCCAACCCAAGUUGCAACCUCCAGCUGGACCCUAUGAGGUUUUCAAAUACAGCCCUGGCGCUGCACCACGCCCAACAGCAAUAGCGUAUGGAAAGCAUCAAGCGGAUCAUGCCACGCGAGCCGCGCGGCCCCUCCGAUAUCCGAGUGAUCAGAAAUCCUAUCGACUGCUUCAUUCGCUCCUUUGCGAAAUAACGCCGUCCGGUUCGGCCCAGGUUGCCCACGGCCAUAGCUCCGCCAAUCCCCUCCCCAGACAUCUUACUGCGUUGUGGCAUACGGAAGCUAUCGCAAGUCCGUCAGCCCUAGACGCUGGGGUCGAGGGCUGGUGGUGGUGGUGGUGGCGGCGGGUUGGCGGAGGUUGGGGUGCUGCAAGCUCACUCAUGCGAGCCAGAUGUCACUGCUUGCUUGGCUUCAGAUGGCGUGGAACUAUUUAAUCGCGGCGACGAGUCGUUCCAAAUCUCGAGUGACGAGACGAUGCUUCAGUCAUUUUCUCCUAGGUUGUGAGAUCAUCCCUUCAGUCCGGGUUUUCGAGACGUCUCCGUUUCCAUCCAUUCUUCACGUUCUAUAUCCUACAGAUCGUUACGCCGUACGCAGCCUGUGUUCAAAAUGGCAACUUACGGAGACGCCCCGCCCCCCGUGCCGCCGCCUGUGACAUCCAGCAAGCGCUCCAAGAAGGCGCCUCAGGAGAUACUCUCUGACUUCUGGGACAAGUUCCAUUCAAAACACCCCGGAAAGGUGACAUCCGUCUUCCCCCGGUCUCUCUACGCCUCUCUACUCCCCUCCUUCCAAGCGAGGGGCGCCUCGUCCGCCCGCAACGCCCAAGAAUCGUAUGAGGCCGCCGCCCGUGAGUGCCGGGAGAAAGUGAAGCGCAUCAUCCGCGAGUGUGAUCGCACCAACGGGAAGUACACCGACGCCGACUUCGACAUCGAGCGAGAUCCCUACAGCAACUGUCUCAACGGCCUCAUCCGCGAUGGGGACUUUGGCCCUGGUGGCAGCGGCGCCGCCGUCGUUGACGGACCCAAUGUUAGCAGCUGGGACGUCAAGAAUAGCCUCGACACCCUUGCUGCCGCCCAGGUCUUGGGCCCCAACUCCACUAUCCCCUUCGACCCGGCCGCCGUGAGUCGCUUUCUCGCAAGCGAUGAAAUUUGGAAUCCCUUUGCCAAUGCGGGAGAUCGUUCGGGAAACCGUUCAGGAACAAUGACGGGGGUAAAGUCAGGCUCUGUCAAGGCCUCGAAGCGCGGCGGUGUCCGGGGCGGUGAAUGGUACAGCCCAGGGUCGAUCCAUCGUGUCGACUGGAUCUUUGAGUCGCCUCAGUUCACAGUCAACGGCUAUUCCUCCUCCGAUAUCAAGCAGGGCGCUAACGGGGAUUGCUGGUGGCUCGCUGCCGUUGCAACCAUUGCACACCGCAAGGACCUCAUGCAGAAGAUUUGCGUUGCGCGGGACGAGGAGUGCGGUGUGUACGGUUUCGUGUUCCAGCGCGACGGCGACUGGAUCUCGACUGUCAUCGACGACAACCUGUACCUCAGGGAUUCUGAUUUCGACUUCUACGGUGAUGUAUACGAUGCCAGCGGCAAAAAGGCCCGGCUGCACCGCAAGCGCAACCAGACGGGGUCCGACGCGUUGUACUUCGCCCGGUGCGAGGACCAAAACGAGACCUGGCUGCCCUUGCUUGAGAAGGCCUACGCCAAGGUCCACGGCGACUACGAGGCCAUCUCGGGUGGCUGGCCAGGCGAGGCAGUCGAGGAUAUGACGGGUGGUGUCACGUCGACCAUCGCCACCAACCGAGUGCUGCGCAAGGACAAGCUCUGGAAGGAGCUUGUCAACUCGGAUGGCGAGUUCGUCUUUGCUCUGGCCGCCAUGGGCACCGGUUGGGACUGGCGGAAAAGCGGCCUCGCACUUGGGCACGCGUACUCAAUCCUCCAGUCCCGGGAAGAAGUAGACGAAGACGGCAAGAAGGUCCGGCUCGUGCAAAUCAGAAACCCCUGGGGCGAACGAUCCGACGGCGGCGUCGGCGAGUGGAACGGCCCCUGGUCCGAUGGGUCCAAGGAGUGGACGCCGUACUGGUUGAAACGCUUCAACCACACUUUUGGCGACGACGGCGUCUUCUGGAUGUCAUACGAAGAUAUGCUGUCAACCUUUAUGUAUAUUCACCGCACCCGGCUGUUCGAUGAGAAGUGGACCGUUGUGCAGCAGUGGACGUCUGCCAAUGUCUCUUGGGUCACGGGCUACCUCCAGACCAAGUUCAUCGUCGAGGUGAAGAAGUCGGGCAUGGUCGUAAUCGUGCUCACGCAGCUCGACGACCGGUACUUUCACGGCUUUGAGGGCCAGUAUUGGUUCGAACUGCACUUCGUCCUGCAGAAGGCGACCCCGGAAGCCACGGGCGACGGCGCCAAGAAUGGCGCCGAAAGCAAAGACACCCCCGAGCCGGAGCAGAUCUGCCGCGUCCGCCCCGUGCACAAAUGGGAGAACCGGUCCGUCAGCUGCGAGGUCGAUCUCGAGCCGGGCGUAUACGAGGUCCUCCCCAAGGUCACGGCCGCGCGCCACCACAACGGCGACGCCGCGAAGCCCGUCGAGGACAUCGUCAAAGAGUACGCGGAGCGCAACCCGCAGAAGCUGCGGCAGGUCGGCCUGCAGUACGACAUCGCGCACGCCAAGGGGGGCGUGCGGGACGAGGACGAGCUGAUUGAGAAGAAGAAGCUCGAGGCCAAGGCGAAGAAGGAGAGCAAGAAGGCCAAGAAGAAAAGGAAGCAGAGGAAGGCGCUCGGCAUUGCUGCCAAGGUGCUUGAGGAUUCGGCCAAGGUUGUGUCGGACAUGGCGAACGAGGGCAAGAAGACCGACGAGGCCAAGAGUGAAGUCAAGGCGGAGCCGAAGACGGAUUCUGGGCAGGAGAAGGAGAAGGAGAAAGAGAAGGAGUCCACCGGCAGCAGCCAAAAACCUGCCACCAUAGACGACAAGCCAGCGGAUCUCGCUAGCUCCUCCAAACCCGCUGAAGGACCCACGACGGAGCCCAAGAAGCCUGACGAGAAGAAAGACGAAAACAUGGAGAAAAAGAAGGAGGAGAAGGGGGAGGAAGCCGCCACGGCUGCAGAGGCGCCCGUCGUACCCCCGCCGGCAGCCGAAGAUGCAGAGGCCCCCGAAGAGGCGUCGGCUGAGAAGGAAGACUCGGAGUCGGAGACGGACGCCGAAUCCACAGUUGAAGAUGACGACGACGAAGUGACUGGAACGCCUUGGAAUGCCGUCUGCGUGCUCGGGCUGCGGGUGUACGCCCGGGACCCGGAUGUGGCGAUCAAGCUGACCACGCCGAGCGACGCGGAGGAGGCUUCGAGUUUGACUGUCGACGGGGAGGCCGCCGGUGCGACUGCGUAGAGAAGGAUGUGUGUGAGGGUGUUAUGAUUAAUGAGAUUCUGAUGGGAAUGUUUGAUGUCUUUUCUUAUCGUUUCUCUAGUUGGGUGUAGACGGACGUCAUAGCAUACCAGAGUUGCCGUAUGUCUCCGAAUUGGAACCAACUGUAAGCGAAUAUUCCGCGGCAGUCUCAAUGGCAGCCGCUUUCAAAGUCAGUUUCUCAGUCAUAUAUGCCUUGUAACUGUCGG